UCUCUCUCUACAUAAUCCUCUCUUCCCCCUCACAAGCCCAUCACCAUCAAUCAUCCAAAAUCAUCAUCUUUCAAUUUUGCAGCCAUGGAGAUCCAACAACAAGUGAUGAAGUUCAGGUACCACAUCAUAGGGGCACUUUUGUUGUUAGCCGUCGUCGUGUCUUUCCUUCACCUUGCUCCAAAGUUUCUCCACAUCUUGGCCUAUUUUUGGCCUCUCUUUCUCUCCACCGCACUCUUCCUUGCCGUCGUUCUCUUCUUUGCCAAAACCUCAGCUUCAACCCACUCCGAAACUUCCCUUCCAAAACCCGCGGAGGAUCUCCUUGACUAUGUCGCCGGCGGACACCAUGAACCGCCGAUGGACACUCACAGCAAGUCCGAUUAGAGACCCAGAACUUUGUAAGAAUGUAAC